UGUCCAUUAAUAUAACCUGAAUGACACGAGGUCUGAAACAGGUUUUAUGUUUGUUGCACCUUAUCUUCAAAGCUUGAAAUGAGAUAAUUUUUCAGGUCCUAGCCAGUUUUUCUGUGUUUCACACGGUUUUCCUACCUUACUUAGUUGGAAGUAGGGGUAAAAGUCGUCCCUCUUUUUAACUAUGAAGGGUCUGGGCAAACAGUUCAGCAAAGAGAAACAGGAGAGGGCGGAAAACUCCAAGCGACGGCACCUUCGGCUCUAUUAACGAGCUCUAGCAUGUUAACAGUCCUCACUAGGGACAAAUACGUAAGACUGGAAUCCAGAUCUGACAACACAGCCUAAUUUCGCCAUUUCUCCACCAAAACAAAAAACUGAACUCAGAAAGUGGCUGCGCUCCCAGCUCCUUGGGCCACGUUCCUAGAAGAGGGGCCUUGCCUUUCGCUCUCCUUCAGGAUCCCGCCCUCCCUCAGGAAGGCCCCGGGGCGUGGGAAGAUGAACGUGCCUACACUCCUUCCAGACCUUAGGAACAAAACAGUUUUCCACGUCCUGGUGUCCAGCGAUCUGAGACGUCCUUUAGCUCACCGCUUCCAGAGCCUGAAGGGGACAGGACGCAUUCACUGAGAACUCAGUAGGGCACCAGAGGAGACGCUGCGCAGGCGCAGAAGGCGGCAGCGUGGGUGACAGGACGUAAUGCGCACGCGCGCCUCUUCCGUGGAAACCCUUUCCUACUUAGGACAGACCCAGGCUGCCUCACUUUGCCGCCCUCUGGCCCCGCCCCUUAUAAGCCCCCCCUACCGGCGUUGCCAUGGGUACCCAGAGGCCGCACCGGGCCUUGUAGAAGCCGCGCGGCCUGCCUGGUCGCCUCUGUGCACCCCGUGCCGGGGACAGUGGGAGCCCAUGGAACUCACAGUAGCGCCGGUGAAUAGGGCCAGGAAGCAGUCUGGCCUGGGCCGUUGCAGGCAUUUCUUCUGGCUGGGUGUCACGUUCGACGCGGUGGGCGUGGCGAUACUGUUCACAGGCGUCUUCGUCAACCUGCUGUUCUACGACCUGCUAGUGUACCUGGGUUCCAUCACCAUCUUCUUCAGCCUGCUCUGGUGGAUCUCCUGGUACACCGGCAACAUCGAACUGCUUCCCGAAGAGACCAUGAAGAGGGCCGCCCACCUGUCCUACACCGCCUUGGUGCAGGCCCUGCGCCAGAGUAUCAGCCACCGCUACUCCAUGGGUGGCGAAACCACCACCUCCUUUUUGCGGAUCCCGCGGCGGCGACCGCGCCGCCAGAGGACCCUUCGAAGGAAGCUUUCCCUGAAAAUGACCACGUCGGAGCUGGUAGAAAAGCAGCUGGAAAAGGAAAACAAGGACACAGAAGGAGGGGAAAGUGUCAAAGAGAGCGGUGCUCUUCAAGACUCUUGCAAAGAGGAUCUGGGUCCCAAGCCUGAAGAUGACAAACGUUCAGAGGCAGUUGGCUCCCCAGGCCCCUCUGCUGGGCUACCGAGGUUUGGUCGGCUACCGUGGUUUAGUCGGCUACCGUGGUUUGGUCAGCGACCAUCGACCCUUCUGGGGCGGUCUGUGUUCCCACCAGUCCAGCCUCUGUUUCCCACUACCCUGGCCUCUCGGAACCAGCGUAUGGUUUUACAGAGCCAGCUCGAGAGUCUUCUUCUUGCCCCUCAAACUGGCCAGGCUUCUGGAACCCAGGGUCAGGGCCCCCACGUCUCUCUGAUGCAAUUUGCAGCUACUCAGUCUUUUCAGACUGUGGACUCACGGCCUGUCCACAACUUGGAGGCCCUGCUGCAAAUGCACCAGGGCACCCCGAGCACCUCUUUAGUCUGGGAGAUUUUUAUAAAGCAGUCUUCCAAUGUCCCCAAGGUUCCUAAGAAUCAGGUUGCUCAGGGUUUUGAGACUUCACCCCAGGCCAGCCAGAAAUCAUCUCAGGAGCUCCCUGACAUCCCAUCACCUGUCACUGAGGACACAGCUCCAGCCAGGCAGGCCCAGCAGUCCAGAUUCACUGAGAGUGCUCCAGACUCAGUGGAAGUGAAAAAAAGUCGCCCUCUCUAGUAGGGACCAGACUCGGCCAUUUCAGUAGUGGCUACUCAGGCCUCUGCCAAAGUGACUCAUAAAAGACAGAAGUGGAAUGUGGGGACUUUUACAACACCCGGGACAAAGCAACUAUUAAUGUAGAUGGCUACAUCUGGAUCAAGGGCAGGAAUGAUGACAUCAUUAAUGCCUCUGGGUACCGCAUCGGGCCGACAGAGGUGGAGAACGCGUUGGCGGAGCACCCAGCAGUGGCGGAGUCAGCAGGGGUGAGCAGCCCAGACCCGACGCGAGGGGAGGUGGUGAAGGCAUUUCUUGUCCUGAGCCCUCAAUUUCUGUCUCAUGAUCGGGACUAGCUCACCGAAGAGCUGCAGCAGCACGUGAAGGUGACGACAGCCCCGUACAAGUACCCGAGGAAGGUGAGUGAAGGCAUAUGGAUGGGGUGGAGUUUGUCCCAGAGCUGCCCAAAACCAUCACUGGCAAGAUUAGACGGAGUGAACUGUGAAGAAAGGAGUUUGGUUUGAUGUAAUCACAAAAACCCAGAACCCAGUGUGUCCACUGUGCAAAUUCCAGGUCUCCUCAGUUUCCCCACUAUGAUAGGAAUGAGGAUGGGGUCUCAAGAGGGUUGGAUUGGAAGGGUAUCAGGACUGCCAAGAUUAUAACAGUUUUGUUCUUUUCAUUUAAAUUCAAUUAGUAUCUGUCCUUCAAGUCCUCUGCGCCUUCAGAGUUGCCCAGGUGCACUCUCAGAUUGGGGUUGCAGGUAAUAAAAUAC